AAACGUGCGGAUGUAAUAGACGUGGGUGCAUCACUUGUUUCGAGCUCUUGUUAAAUACGUUAACUAUUAUUUCGUUUCCGCGUUUUGGGCUCAUCUAGUGGACUUUUGCAUUGGAGAAUAGCCCGUUCUGAGAUUUAUUUCCGGGGAAGGCAGUUUUCAGUCUUAUCCAGGUUUUGCUGUCUAUCAAAGCGAAAAUGAAACUAAAAUUAAAUACAGACAUUUUAGUAUUGAAGUAUUUUAAUACCAUUCGAAAUAUGAUGUAUGAUGAUUUGAAUGAGUAUCACAUUUAGUUAUAAAUUCUUGAGAGUCAUUAAGAAAGAUUCUCAGUAUUAUUUUUUUUUUAAAGUUGAAGGAUAAGCCAUAGAUGAAUAUGUUAACCUAUGGAUAAACACUCAUAUACAAUAUCAAUUCUAACUACUCGGUAACUGAGAGAUGGAUCUAAGAAUAAACGUCGCUGUUUGGCAACCAAACAUUUUCCUGUCGUUCUUAGCUAUUCCUCGAAGAAGAUCAAGGUUUAACUAAACCCGGACAUAUUUUUGUCAGAAUAUAGAAACGAAACGGUGUGUAAGGCGGGAUUCAAAUUAACGAGUUUGUUCCAGUGUGGACAAAACAAAUAUUCUUCCAGUGAUUUGAGUUGUCAAGCGAAAUUAUUAACCUCAAUUGUGUGGUCGAAGUACGCGCUAAUCCUAGUUUCCGUUAAUCGUAUAAUCCUCGUUCUUCAGCGUAAUAAUCACCCAAACGGAUUGUAUAAAUAACCCCGCGAAUUCGAAAAAAAAAAACCCACCCAGAUGUUUAUUGUUGUAGAACUGAAUUCCCUUGGAAUGAUAGGGUAAUACUUCAGUACUGAAGACUGAAAUGGUGCAUAGUCUGGAGAAUUUAAUAUUUUAAUUUUAAAUUUUAUUAUAUAAGCUCCCUAAUAUGGAAACUAGCUUGAGGAAAAGUCGCUCCUCAAAUUUUACAAUUAAGGAGAAAGCACUUCUGGUAACCCUUGUUAGAAAGUAUGAGGAUACUAUUGAAAACAAAAAAAGUGACAAAGUGGGGACUACAGCAAAACACAAGGCAUGGUGUUACUUAACUAAAGAAUUUAAUGCCUCAUCCGGGGAAACUCCAAGGACGAUAGACACUUUGCAUAAUUGUUGGAAUAAUUUAAAGAAAACCACUAGGCGAAUUCUGGCAGGCAAUGCUUCCAGAGCAAACUCCUUAAACUGCAUUGAAGAACAAGUAAUGGAAGUUAUAGGUGUACCCAGGAAAGGAUCAUUAAAUAUUCGUAAUGAUGACACCAAUGAUGCAGUCAUAAUUAAAGAAAAAUUACUAUCUUCCAAUUGUCUCUCAGAGGAUUCCAAAAGAAUCUGUUUAACAACUGACAACCUGCCAAUUGUGGAGAAAUGUUUUUCACUUACAACUAAUGGAACUUCAGAGGAAGUGGAACAUGAAGGAUUUGAAGAAAACCCUACUAUCCCUGCUAAUGCCUGUGAUCCAUUAUCUGUUGAACAACUGGUAGAGAAUUCCUCUACACCUGCAGAGAAUGAUGGAAACGCUUUGAAUUGGUGCAAAUGGACACAACUGAACUCAGACCUCUUAUCACCUCUCCAGAAUACAGAAAACAAUACCCAGCAUAGAGAAAAAUCUGACCCAAGGAGAACAGAUGUUAUUCAAAUGAUGAUGCAACAAAUGAAAGAGGAAGUAGAAUUUCGUCGGGAAGAAGCUCAACACAAAAGGGAGCUCUUUAAAAUACAGAAACAGCAAGAAUUGGUAAAACUAAAAAUUCUCCAGAAAGCCCUGGAAAGUGCAAAUGUAACUAUAAGCAUGUCUGGAACAUCAAUACAUAUUGGGGAAAAAUAAAAUGUGUACUGUUGUGUACUAAAAAUGUGUUGGACAUUUAUAUUAAUUUUUAACACAGUUCUGCAAUACCCUAGUUGCAAUAAAAUGCAAUUUAAUUAGAGUUUAUUAAAAAAAAUUGCAGGGGGUUCUAAACUGCAAAAAGACAUUGAAAAGGGAAGGGUUGAUGAAACAUGCAUGUUCUCACAUUUUUAUUAGUAUUAAUUUUAUGUUAAUAUUAUUGAGAUAAUAAAAGUUGGCAAUAUACAUUCAUGCCACCUAUUACAUUUUGUUUUGUUUUUAGUAAUUAUGGAUGUAGUACCAAGAUAUUAAAUAAUUUGACAAUUUUAUAAAACUAUGCAAAUAAAAUUAAUGAUAUAUAUCUGUACAGUUGUUGAAAAUAUAUUGCAUAACUUUAUAUGAUACUUUAUAUUAUACUUUAAGGAUUAUAGAAAACUUUGAAAUGUGUCAAUUUUCAUGCAUAAAAUUUGGUCUGUUAGAAUAGAACUCUAGCAUCAGAAGAAACCAUUAGUCUUAAUGAUGGCUUUAAGUGAAUUGGAGGAGGUUUAUUUGAUGUGGAAAACAUCCAUAUACCAUUUGUAUAUGUUUUUUAUUUAUAUUUUUAGUUUUAUUGUUUAUAUUUUUAGUUUUACCAUUUGUAUAUAUUUACCAAGACACCAAAACAGUUCAGAUUUUCACAUAUCUACCAUACCGUAAUACCUACAAUCAUUAUGGUAAUGAGUUGAAUACUUUUACAAAUAAUUGAAAAUUCUCAUGUUCCCCCAAUUAAAUAUUUUAUUGUUAAUUUAAGUUUCGUAAUUAUUAAUGUCAAAAUAUACACGAACAAUCAAUAUUUAAAAAAAUUUAUAAUAUUUUUUUAAUUAUUUUAUUAGAACAUGAAGGAGUUGAAGCAAUAUAAUAAAAAAUAUCACACUUCCAAAAUUAGUAUCUUUGAAUUUCCUCCAAAAAAUUCAUUCUCAACAAAAUCACAAACUUUUAUUGCCAUUCAUGAUACACCCUUUUCUUUUUUUGACAUUGUGCAUGUCAAGAUAAGUAAUAAUUUAUAUUUGUAAUAUUUUGUACAUAUAUUUUUGCCUUUGAACUUAGUCCCUUUAUUUUUCUACCUCAACUACCAUGACCAAUAACUAUUUUCCCUCCUGCCUACGAUUACCAGAGACCAAGAUCAAAAAAACCCAAAACUUUUUUAAUAAUGACAUAUAUACAUGUUUACAUACUCAUAAUAACGACAUAGAUACAAAGUUUUUAUACUACUAUAGAAGAGAGAUCAAUUUAUAUAUUAAUACUGCACUUUACAAUAAAUUAUAUGAUUAAGCCAGCUUUAUUGUUACAAAUUCUUCUAAUCUGUUUCAAUAUUCCUUAUAUAUACUUAUUGUUCUUAUAUUUAGAAACGAGAUUUACUCGUAAUAUCACUUUUUUCUUUAAUGCAAAUUUAUUUUUUAUAUUAAAAAAAUUAAAUUAAAAGGUGAAUAGAUUAUACAUAUUAGAAAAUCAGUACUUUUCCUGAAAAAUCUGGUAACCCUACUCUUGGUUCUUUUAAGUCGUUGAGGAAUCCCUGCUUAAAUUGUUGUAUUCACAUGUCCUAAGCAUCUUUUGAUGCUUUUAGACACAUCCUCUUGCCAACCAAGUGGCUAACCUCCAGAUGUAGCCAUUGUGAUUCCUCCAUUGUAACAUGGAAAUAAUCUGAACCUGUAUUUUGGUAUGAACCUGCUAUUCUGUACAAGCCGAUUCUUCCUUUGUUGCAGCUGUUGAAUUUUUUCAGUAACUUAUGUUUCGAUUCUUUCUUCCUUUAUAACUGCUUUUACCUGAUUGAAGAGAUGCUCAUAAUGCUUAUUUGUGAGAAGGCUACUUUUUGUAGCAGCCUUUUUGUAAUUUCUAAAAGUUAUUGCACAAUAUUGUUUGACAGUUCCUGUUUUAGGUGUAUUUUUUCAUCAUUAAAACAUUACCUUCAAUAUUAAAAAUGCACAAAUGUUAAAAGUACUGUAAAACAUAUUUAAACCUAUCC